AGCGUCAUCUGUGAGCGUUUAGAACGAAAGUUUAUAUUUGUACUCUUCGUCUACGAACGUUGUACAAUCUCUCGCAUAUAUCGCCAUGGAGGAUAAGAACGCAUCCGGUAAUACCGCAGCUGUAGAAAACGCAGCCUCUACUCCAGCAGCGAAGAAAGCUGCCAAAUCUAAAGCGGCGAAGGCUCAGCGUCCGAAGUCGACGCAUCCGCCGACCGCGGAGAUGGUCACGGCCGCCAUCAAGGAGCUGAAAGAUCGCAAGGGCUCAUCCGUGCUGGCCAUCAAGAAGUACAUCGUCACGACUUACAAGGUCGACGGCGAGAAGUUCGCCCCCUUCAUCAAGAGAUAUCUGAAGGCGGCGGUUACGUCCGGCGCCGUGGUGCAAACCAAGGGAAAGGGCGCAUCGGGCUCGUUUAAGCUCGCGACCGCUAAGCCCAGUCCCAAGAGUAAGGUGGUGAAGCGCGUUGUCAAGGAACGAAGCACGGCCACCAAGAAGGUCGCCGAGAAGAAGGUCGCGAAGAAGGCGCCCGCUGCGAGAAAAGUGACCGAGGCUAAGAAAGCGGCCGAGAAGAAGCCGGCAGCGCCGAAGAAGACCGCCAAAACAGCGGCGGCGAAGAAGGUAGAAGCCGCGGCGAAGCAAAAGGCCGCCGCUCAGACGAAAAAUCUAUCCAAGACCAAGAAGGCUACCAAAGCCCCGGCCGCCAAGACAAAGACCCCCAAGCCGAAAACCACCAAGGCAGCAGCUACCAAGAGUGCUAAGGCAGCGAAGAAAUAAUUUUCUGAUUCUGCUUCUGAUACAAACUGGCCCUUUUCAGGGCCCCAAACAAUCAUACGUUGAAACGAACCUCACUAUAUAUCUAUUAUAACCUUAAUUUUCCCUUCCUUUCGAACCAAAUUUUGGAAAAAUAUUAAAUAUAUUAAAUAUUUUUUUAGGAAAAUAUCAAGAAAUAUUACUAUUUUGAAAAAAACUAAAUUUUGUCAAUUAGUAAUGAUUGAAACUAUACUAUUAUAUCAAUUAUCUGAUUCGCGCAAGUUUUAAAAAAGAAUCAAGUUAAAAUUAAUAAUUUUAUAUUCUGAAGUGGGGGGGCAGUUCGAUGAUUAAUGAAGAGUUUCAGCUUGUAUAUGAAUAUUUAUAAAACAAUUUCAUUUAGGAUUUCUCAACCAUAAUCAAGUAGCCUUAAAAAAAUAAAAAACUACGCAUUUUUAACUUUCGAUUAAACUUCUUCGCUUUUAAAUAAUGUACGGAUUAGACAUUUAGUUACAAUUAUGAAAUUUAUUAUUAUAUUUCUUAGUAUUUCAGAUGUACUAUUUGGAUGCCUCUAGUCUCCGAAAUACGAAAACCCGGGGUACCCAGACAUUCAAGGUAAUUGCAAGUAAUGGACAUGUUGGAACUUGUUGAUUACUUGAUAUCGCUGGCAAUAGAUAAUACGUAAGUAUCCACGUAUCCAAUUAACCAUUAACU